UGGCACUUUUUCAGUCAGUGUUCAGUCAGUGAUCAGUUCAGAUUCCGUUCGAUCGGUGUAUUUAUUUUAGUUUAAAUAGCUAUCAGAAUGGUUAAACUAACAAAUAUUUCGUUCCUUUUAAUGCUAAGUUUUUCAAGUGCAUACAAAAUACUAGUGGUGUUUCCGUACCCAGGGAAAAGCCAUACAAUCUUGGGUGAAGGAUUUGUGAAACAUCUCGUGAAGGCUGGACAUGAGAUCACUUACAUCACUCCAAUGCCGAUAAAGAAUCCACCUACAGGGCUUCGGCAAAUUGAUGUAUCGAGCAAUAAAGAGAUAUUUGAAGUAAUGUCACAUGUAUUGAGUUUUGAAAUGGUGCUAAAAAAAGAAAUCGAUUUAACGGAUAUGAGAUCAUUGGUGAGAAUCGUAUAUGACAUAGCCAACCAAACAUUAUGGAACGACAACGUGCAGAAGUUGAUGCAUGACCCCAAUGAAGAGUUUGACCUGGUGAUCGCAGAGUGGCUGUAUACGGAACUUUAUUGUGGAUUCGCAGCCGUCUUCAACUGCCCAUUCAUAUGGUCGUCUUCUAUGGACCCCCAUGGGUUAGUCUUAGAACUGAUCGACGAGCCCCCAAACCCGGCCUACACAACCAACCACGUAUCAUCUUUUGAGGCACCCUUCACAUUUUCACAGCGGGUUGAAGAACUGUGGGGAAUUAUUUACAUGAAGUAUGUAAAAUGGGCCUAUUUAAACGAUCACGAAAACCAAAUCUUCCGAGAAGGGUAUGGCCCAGCGGUAACUAAAAGAGGUCGAAAGCUUCCCUCGCUCUACGAAGUCAGCCAUAACGCUUCCCUUAUGUUUGGGAAUUCGCACUUCUCUUCUGGUAGACCUGUGAGGCUGCCGCAAAACUAUAUCCCGAUAGCUGGAUAUCAUAUCGAUGACGAGGUCAAACCAUUGCCAAAGGAUAUACAAGACAAAAUGGAUAGCGCGCAACAUGGCGUCAUAUACUUCAGCAUGGGAUCCAUGAUCAAGAGCAGCUCCAUGCCCGAUGAAAUAAAGCAAGGGUUCCUGAAAAUGUUUGGCAGCCUCAAGCAAACUGUCAUCUGGAAGUUCGAGGAAGUACUGCCCAAUCUGCCUAAGAACGUGCACAUCCUGAAAUGGGCUCCACAGCAAGGCAUAUUAGCUCACCCAAACUGCAAACUAUUCAUCUCCCACGGGGGCCUGCUCUCGACCUCCGAGGCCCUCCACUACGGCGUGCCCAUCAUUGGGAUACCAAUGUUUGCAGACCAGUUCAUGAAUGUAGACCGCGCCAUAAAGAAAGGCUUUGCUCUAAGGGUCAAUAUCGCAGAAGAUAUGACCGACCACUUGAAAGCUGCUAUUGAGGAGAUUUUGGGGAACCCUAAAUACCGUGAACGGAUGAAGGAACUGUCGUUCAUCUACCACCAUCGCACUGCGACGCCUGGGCAGGAGAUUCUGCACUGGGUGGACCACGUCGUCAAGACAAGAGGUGCCUUACACCUUCGUUCCCCAGCGCUGGGCGUGUCUUUCUAUCAGAAGAUAUACCUUGAUCUGCUAGCUUUAAUAAUUGUAGCAAUUAUCCUACUGUAUUUAAUCGUGAAAAGACUGAUUUGUAAAAGUGUAGUGACUAAGAAAGUUAAAAAGAAUUAAACUAUAAUGAGUA